AUGAUUCCCUCCGAAUACUGGCCUUCUUCGAUGCCCUCUCAAGGUUGGGCUUCCAUGAUCUCCUCUAAGUAUUGGGAUCCCGCGACGGGCCUCACGAUGAAAUAUCAACUGAACGUUUUCAACUUGUCCAGGCCCCCCGGGGCACAUGAGCCUAUGAAUAUAGUUUUACUGAUCUUUGGGUUCAUCUUCAUCAUCAUCUAUAACACUCGACAUGAGGUUCCAAUCUACCAACGAAAAUUUCACAAGAAGAAGAUCUACCUCUACGUGCACAUCUUCACUGGUCUGACAGAGGCAAUUCUGUACCGACUUCGUGAGACGUUCCAGGGCCGUUCCGAUCUCUUGCCUCAUGCUACAGAUGUCUUGUCUUGUUUCAUUUGGGGCUGGACAAGCUUGGAACUUGUGAAGACGCUUCGCCGAGGAGAUCCACGAACCACACGACCUCCUUACCAGGCUGCUGCUGUCCUGCGUCCAAUGAUAUCCCUCAUCUCCUACCUCUUUAGUAUCCCCAGCCUACACAGGUUGUCAAUCAGUGCGCUGGAUAGUUUCUUCUAUGCCCGUUUGGCGAUUACCUUUUUCAGCUACACGCCGUACAUCCGAUCAUACCGGGGGAGCACCAUUUACGCCAUCUCGAUUCCACUGGCCGCCGCCCUAAGCAUUCAUGAGAGCCGAGUGCCUGGGGCAUCAUUGGUAUUCAUUUUUGCGACUGCUUAUAUAAAGGGACUCAAUGGAUGGGUCACACACCAAUCACAUUACUUGAGAGGGUAG